UAAACAAUAACACCUUCUCAAUUACAUCGAACCUUCCUCAUUCGGAUUUAGGAGUUAGUAGUCAAGCUUCCACUGCCCCUAAAGUGAUGGGAGCAUUAUCCUCAACCUGUCUAACCCGUAUAUGCUACAACUGGUACAACGUAGGAACAACCCCUACUAAUUUGAGUCAUGAAAGAAUAUCCUUCAGUCAAGGGGUUACAUCGAGUGUUCCAGUUACAACAAACGCGCCAACAAAAUCUGAAAAUAAUUCUGUGUCGAAUAGGAAUGAAGACUCAAAACAGAAAGCAUUAUGCCUAUCUGGAAUUCAAGAAAACAAAACGAUGCUACGCCUACAUCAAUUUGAUGAUAUAUCUAGCAUGCAACAAUUUCAGCAGGAAAAGGAAAACAAAUCAAAAAUUGAAUAUGUCCCUAUCAACACCUGUGAUAAUAAGACAAUAAAAUCAAGCUUAACUUCCCCCUUUAUUCUCCAUAUACCAACCUCCAUCAACCCAUCCUCAGUGGCACAUUUAACUAAACUCGUAUGCCGGCCUUGUCUCCACCAUCCAAACGGGUCU